AUGAUGGAUCCUGCAACUAAUAAGAGCGGUGGUGUCGUGGUUGGCUCUGAGAAGGAGAAUGAAGUUAUUCUUCCACCUCCAACUCCGUUGAACCCAGUGCCAUCGCUGCCAGUGGCCCUUCGCAUUGACAAUGAAGAGCAGUUGCUGUCGUUGCUCAAGACGGAUCCGUUCCAGUCCAAGGGUGGUGCUACUACUACUACUACCGGCAUGAUGACGGAAUCUUCGUCCUUUCGGCAAUUGCUAGUGUUUGGCACGGAAAGUCUGCGGACCUUAUUGAUGCGUCAAGUCUUGUCGAAUCCUCAUACGCGUACAUUCACCAACAAGAAAAAGAAUUGGGAUUCCCACAAUUCCUUUCCGCUGCCCAAGGGUCUCUCCUUGGUCGGCACUCGCAUCUUGUCGAAUGCCAUGCACACCGAAGGCAUUCGAACUUCCACGGAUACCACAGCCGAAGGAAGCGCAGAAGUCAGUCUCAAGGGACAGUCCUCUUGGGAAGAUGCCAUUAUUGACGUGGACGUCGUUACGUACUUUUUGAGAGCCUCCGACUUAUCGCAAACACAAAAUGUCAUCAAGAGAAUCAAAUCUUGGAAGAAAACCACAAAGACGCAUCAUCGCAUCGUCUAUUUACCACAACCCACUGCUUUGGUACACAAAAUGAUUCAUAGUACAGGACUCGCUGCCAAUCCCAAUGUCUCGGUCCAUCGAUUGCAACUCGACAUUUUUCCGCUAGAAGCCGACUUGUACUCGUUGGAAUACGAUGAUGCCAUGAAAGAGGCACAAUCCGAAGGCACUCCCAGCACUCUAGUGGCCACCGUGGCACGCAGUAUUCUCAAAUUGCAAGACGUCGUGGGGACCAUUCCUCGUAUUCAAUCAUUGGGACCGCUGGGAGAAGAUGUCGUGCGCAAAAUGCUCAAUCUAACCGUCGACGAGUACUUGGUGGCGCCCAAUCAAGAGGAGGCGCACCCAGGACCGGUCGCGGGAGGAGAUGUUGCCGCAUUGUUGGUGCUGGAUCGAAGAGUAGAUUAUAUUACUCCCAUGACAACCCCAUUGACAUAUGAAGGACUCAUGGACGAACUGGUUGGAAUUGAUUGUGGGUUCAUCAAAGUAGAUAUCAAUACAAUCAACCCGGAAGAUGACGACGCCGCCGAAAAGAAGCAAAAGGAAAAGACAGACGAGGAAAUUGUUGCCUUGGGAGUCAACGGAUCGGAUUCUCUCUUUGCCGAAGUACGAGAUCAACAUGUCGAAAAGUUUGGAAUCUUUCUGCAGAAUCAAGCCAAAGCUCUGCGGGAAUCCCAUCAAAACUUUACCAGCAAGGGUAAAAACAGAGACUUGACCGAAAUACACCAAUUCGUCAAACAAAUUCCGGUUUUUACGCAAAACUUGAGGUCGCUCACCAACCAUAUUCACCUCGCCGAAUUGGUCAAGGCAUUCUCGGAAGAGGCCACAUUCCGGGAGAGAUGGCAGACGGAACGGUCCAUGAUUGAAGGAGAAUCGUGCUACGAUUUCCUGGAAGACCUCGUUGCCUGUCAGUAUCCACCCAUUCGGUUCUUUCGCUUGAUGUGUCUGCAAUCUCUUUGUGCUGGGGGCAUCAAGUCGUCACGAUAUGAUGCCCUGCGUCGUGAUAUUGUGCAAACAUACGGCUACGAAUAUCUCUUUGUGCUCCGCAACCUCGAAAAGAUUGGGGUGCUUCGACGACGAGAAACUCUCUGGAUGGACUCGACAUCUCCAUUCAAUUCCCUUCGCAAGUCACUCAUCUUGAUAAAUGCCGAGGUGAACACGGUAGAGCCCGAUGACGUCUCGUACGUGUCCAGCGGCUAUGCACCUCUCUCGGUACGCCUAGUUCAGGCCGCUGUUCAAGGUUGGAGAGGCAAAGAGGACACUGUACUCAAGGAACUUCCCGGGCGUCUCGUGGACGUUACGCAACAUUAUCCUCCUGAGGACUUGUCAACAGCGGUCAAGAGACCAAAGGGCCCCAGUCUUGGUAAUUUGGCGGCGGAUCGGGGUGCCGGUACUACUCGCAAGCCCACUCUCAUGAUCAUGUUUGUGGGGGGUGUAACACACAUGGAGAUUGCAGCGCUCCGAUACCUGUCGAACAGGCCAAAGUUCCCAUACCACAUCAUUUGCGUGACUACCAAAGUGAUCAAUGGCAGCACUCUGUUGAGAUCUUUGAGCUCUACAAGUUAA